AUGGAUACUAAUGGUUCAGUCAGUCUUCAGACGUGUUUCCAUCUCGACGAUCCCACUUUUCACCAAGCCUCGCAACGUUUUACCAUGAACUUGAUAACAGCCACUGUCAAUAUUAUCACCGCUCUAGUUGCUGUUGUCGUCAAUGCUUUAGUUGCCAUUGCAGUCUUUGGCUACUCCCCACUACGUACUCCUUCAAAUCUACUGAUUGGCUGUUUGGCCCUGUCUGUUCUUGUUGCUUUAACUUGCCAGCCUGAAUAUAUCACUUACAGGCUCAUGGAAAAAAAACAUCGAGUGGUUCCCUGUUUCGUUAGAAUCACUUACAGCACAGCCUUCUACGUUUGCUUGGGAGUUUCUUCCAUGACCUUAACCGCCGUGUGUUAUGAAAGAUAAGUGGCGGUCUUUUUACCUGUAAGGCACAACUCUUAUUUUUAAUCAAGGCAAAGUGCAAAUUAUAUCUCAUUGAUGUGGUUCCUGAACAGUCUACUUGCGGGCUUAGAAUGGGCAAAUAUAAAACCAGUGGCAAAAGGUGUCCGUCUCUUUGUCUGGCUGAUUUGUCUUCUCGUUUCUGUAGCCACGCAAAUUGGUAUUCUUGCAACCAUGCGGCGGCAUCAUAAACGAGUUCAAGUUCACCUUCGAGAAACCAGAAUUGUGUAG